CCAGAUGCCAAUCAAUCCCUUUGGCAACCUUGUGCAGGCUCUUGUUUCCCUUUAUUCUGCCUGGGAGACGAGAAGAGAAAAGAGCUCAAGCUUUGGGAUUUAUAGUUUGCCAUAGGCUAUAGAUAGAUAGAUAGAUAGAUAGAUAGAUAGAUAGAUAGAUAGAUAGAUAGAUAGAUAGAUAGAUAGAUGAAUGUAUUCUACUUUUGGGACAGUUCCUUCCUUUGCAAGAUGAUCAACCUCAGCCUUUGGAAUCUGCACUCGGUCUCCCAUCCAAGGGCCAGCCGGGGCUGACCCUGCUUAGCAUCCGGGGUUUGGGGGCCAUGAAGAUGGAAAAAGUCCUCCCUCGUUGCCAUCAAGCGUUCCUGUCACUCCUACCCAGCUGGAUCUCUCGCCCCGGACCCAUCACAGCUUGGUUUCUGGCGGUGACUUUUUCUCUGCUGAUGUAUCCGCUGCUGAGGACGAUGGGCCUCCAGCUCCACUCGGCAAUGACCGGCAGCUACAUCUCCGGCUCCCAUUCCCUGGCCUUCGUCAGCUGCCCCAACGAACAAAUCGCUCGAGAGAUUGCCAGGGCCAUCAUGGAGAAACAAUUGGCGGCCAGUGUGGACAUACUCCCGAGGGCUUUGACCAUGUAUGUUUGGAAAGGGGAGAUUGAAGAGUCGACAGAAAUACUCCUGUUGCUCAAAACGAGGACAUCCAAAAUCAAGGAGUUGUCCGACUAUAUCAGGUCUGCUCAUCCUUUUGAAAUCCCCGAACUGAUCAGUUUGCUCAUUGACCAGGGAAAUCCAGCCCAUUUAAAGUGGAUAGAGGAGAGCAUCCCGUGCAACUAGACGCUACAAUGCAGAAGAGGUUUGCGCAUCAUGUUCUUUUUUCACAAAGUGCAUCAAGGACUCAACCGAGAGCGGCUCUCCUUGCGAAUCAUACCUGAAAACACAAGGAUAAAGCUGGACUCGGAUGGAAACGUCUCGGGGAUGGUUAGCCUUUGCCUUUUGCAGCGGAAUCAGAAGCAGAUCUGGAACUUCACGAUCAGCUUCUGUGGUUGUACUAGACAUCCCAAAAACCAAAGCUACAGAAGAUAGGUAGCAAUGGAGGCUAAGGGACCAAUAUAAUAUAUGUAUGAUUUCCUGUUUCAUUUUGAAUUAGAAACCUAAAAUAUAUUGAAGUCUUGGUCUGAA